GUUUUUGAUCAGAACAAAAGUCUCAAUUCGAGAGAGAAAAGAGAAGAGAGAAGCUAUGGAGAAGGAGAGAGAGAAUCAAGUGUACUUGGCCAAACUCAACGAGCAAGCUGAGAGAUACGAUGAGAUGGUUGAAGCAAUGAAGAAAGUUGCAGCUCUUGAUGUGGAACUGACAAUUGAAGAGAGGAAUCUUUUAUCUGUUGGUUACAAAAAUGUGAUUGGUGCUAGGAGAGCGUCGUGGAGGAUCCUUUCUUCGAUUGAGCAGAGAGAAGAAUCGAGGGGAAACGAACAAAAUGCAAAGAGGAUUAAGGAUUACAGGACAAAGGUUGAAGAAGAACUCUCCAAGAUCUGUUACGAUAUUUUGGCUGUCAUCGAUAAGCAUCUUGUUCCAUCCGCAACUUCGGGAGAAUCCACGGUCUUCUACUACAAGAUGAAAGGAGAUUAUUUCAGAUACUUGGCUGAAUUUAAGUCCGGUGCUGAUCGCGAAGAAGCUGCGGACCAAUCACUCAAGGCGUAUGAAGCUGCAACGACUUCAGCUAGCUCGGAAUUAUCUACAACACAUCCAAUAAGACUCGGCUUGGCUCUCAACUUUUCUGUAUUCUACUACGAGAUCUUGAAUUCACCAGAACGAGCAUGUCAUUUGGCAAAGCGAGCGUUUGAUGAAGCAAUCGCUGAGCUUGACAGUCUUAACGAAGAUUCAUACAAGGACAGCACACUUAUCAUGCAACUUCUCAGAGAUAACCUCACUUUAUGGACCUCUGAUCUAGAGGAAGGAGGUGAACAAUCUAAAGGCCAUAACCCACAAGACGAGAACUAAUGAAGUGGAGAAGUUAGAAGCGGAGCCAUACACUCUUAUUUGGCACCGAACGGUUUAAACUUCUCUUCUUGCGAUAAGGUUUUGAAUUG